UUAUCUUGUACACCUGUGAAGGUUGGCCUGCCAGCCAGCGUGGUGAUGUGUGUGUGUGUGUGGCAGCCGGAGGUGUAUCAGUUGCAGCCUGACAGCUUGAAUGGCCUAAUCUCUGCUGCUGUCGCAAUCAUUCUGAGAAGUUCCUGCAGCCAGGCACAGAAGGAGUAAGGGUCACCAUCUGUGUGAAGAAGACAGAUGUCUCAUUGAAUUGGGGAUUAGCUGCUCAGAGAUGCAUCUGGAGCGGAAUCACGCCUGAGGCCACACCCCUUAUGAUGUCCUGCCAAUCAGCAAACUGGAUUAUGACGGAAUCAGAGACUUACGAACCGGAUUCAGACUCUGAGUACCAGGCAGUGUCUCUACCAAUUUCUGCGGUGAUGCCCCUUGUGGUGCCGGUCACUGGGGAGUCGUUUUGCCAAUGCCCCACUCAGACUGAGGUGACCUAUGACCCCUCCUCUGGGGCCCCCAUCCUGGACUGUGUGUGUGGAGAAGAAGAUCAAACUUGUGACUGGGUGUGGGAUGACACUUGCAAGUCAUCCUCCACAUACCUGAGCUGUUCCAACCGGAAAGUGAGUUUCCACUCGGAGUACAGCUGUGGAACCGCCGCCAUCCGCGGAACCAAAGAACUCGCAGAUGGACAGCACUUCUGGGAAAUCAAGAUGAUGUCACCAGUCUAUGGAACUGAUAUGAUGGUUGGUGUGGGGACAUCAGAGGUGAAUCUUGACCAGUUCAGGAACAGCUUCUCCAGUCUGCUGGGCAUUGAUGGAGACAGUUGGGGUCUUUCGUACACAGGUGUCCUGCACCAUAAGGGAUCUAAGAUGAGAUUCUCCCCACGCUUCGGUCAGGGUUCUAUUAUUGGCGUUCACCUGGACAGCUGGCUCGGAACUCUGACCUUUUACAAGAACCGCAGAUGCAUUGGUGUGGCAGCACAUCAGCUGCAGAACAGGCGUCUCUACCCGAUGGUCUGCUCCACAGCGGCCAAAAGCAGCAUGAAGGUGAUCCGCUCGUGUUCGGUGCCCACCUCGCUGCAGUACCUGUGCUGUGCCCGCCUGAGCCAGCUCAUGCCGCCCUCCGCCGACACCCUGGGCGUGCUGCCGCUGCCCCCAGGCCUGCGCAAGCUGCUUCGCUCUCAGCUGGGCUGGGUUCUCAGCCUGAACAGCUCCGGCUGCGGCAGCGACUCAGACGACGAGCAGCUGGAAGACGGCGACUGCUGCUCCAGCUCGGACUCUUACGGCGAGAGCCCGGGUCCCAGGGUGGACCUGCUCCUCCCGCUGGCCGCCUCUGAGGCCGGCUCCAAGGCCGUGGACCCGCUGCUGUGCCCCUCCUGCCUCCCCUCCUACCCCAUGGUGCCCGACUACAGCAGCGCCCAAGCUGAAGCCACCACGUCCGACAGCGACUCUGACAGCUGUGCCUCCGACCACGAGACAUGCCAGAGGAAGCGCUGCAGGUGGACGUGAGGCACCCAGUCCCACACAGAAUCUACACAUACCUCUUCCUGUCCCAUGCAAACUCCUCCCUUCAAACGUCUGCCACAUCCCCCUCAGCCUUCACCUGACUCCCUCUCUCUUGCCAGCCAUUCAUUAUUUGGAGCAUGCAAGUAGCUUCUGAUUGAACAGACUGACUUUGAUGAUUGUAGUCAUUUCUAAAUGACCCUUUUUCAGUGUUGUUUGAUUAUUUUAAACCUCUGAAAGAGGGAGAUUCUGA